AGGGCAAAAUGGCAACACCAGUAGUUCCCGAGUUCAACCCAGAUCAGCCCAAUGGCGGCGACUCUUUAUCUGUGGAUGUCAACGCGCAAUAUUCUGGCCUUGAGUUCCACUACACGUAUCUCGUCUUCUGCGGCUUCAUCGUCUGGCUCAUUAUCCCCGGUAUUGGACUACUCUAUGGAGGUCUUGCACGUCGGAAGUCUUCCUUGGCUAUGCUUUUCCAGUCCUUGAUGGUCUGUGGAGUUGUCUGUUUUCAAUGGAUGUUUUGGGGUUAUUCCUUGGCCUAUUCCCGCACCGCGAACGCCUUCAUCGGCGAUCUCGCUAACUUUGGCAUGAAGAAUGUUAUGGCUGCACCAUCUCCUGGUUCGGCGCUCCUCCCGGAAAUUGUUUUCUGUCUCUACCAGAUGCUUUUCUGCGCAUGUACAGUGCAGCUGGUCACUGGUGGUUCGUUCGAACGUGGCCGCAUUGUACCCUCCAUGGUCUUUGCAUUCUGCUGGGCAACCAUUGUCUACUGCCCUAUUGCGUGUUGGACUUGGAACUCUAACGGAUGGUUGUUCAAUCUUCCCUCUCUCGACUUUGCUGGAGGCGGCCCUGUCCACAUUGCCAGUGGUUGGUCUGCGCUUGCGUAUGCAUUUGUUCUUGGAAAACGAGUUCACAAGGGUGAUAAGAUUCACAACAAACCACACAACACCACCCUCGUCUUUCUUGGUACCGUCCUCAUUUGGUUUGGAUGGUUUGGCUUUAACGGCGGUUCAGCCUUGAAUGCCUCUAUCCGUUCCAUGAUUGCUGCCUUCAACACCAACACCGCUGCGUCCUUCGGUGUCUUAGGCUGGGUCCUCGUUGACUUCAUCCGCACCAAGGGCCAUUUCAGCGUCGUUGGUGCUUGCUCGGGGGCUAUUGCGGGUCUUGUCGGUAUCACACCUGCUGCUGGUUACGUUUCCGUCUGGCUAGCAGCUCUUAUCGGCUUUUUGACUGGUGUUAUCUGCUCCUCUGUCAAGAACAUCGACCAAUGGCUUCAUAUAGACGAGGGUAUGGAUGUGUUUAAACUUCAUGGCAUUGGUGGGAUGUGUGGAUCUUUCUUCACUGGAAUCUUUGCUCAGGCUUGGGUGUCCGCUCUUGACGGUUCUUCGACAUACUCGGGUGGUCUUGAUGGCGUGGGCAUCCAGGUUGGACGCCAGCUCGCCGAGAUCUGCGCCAUCUCUUCCUAUUCUUUCAUCGUCUCUUGCCUCCUGCUUUACGCGCUCAAGUACAUUCCUUUCAUGCACCUCCGCGUCAGUGAGGAGGCUGAGAUGAUUGGUCUUGACCUUGACCAGUUCUUCGAUGAGCAAAUCGGCGACUGGAGUAUGAUGGAGGAUCACACUAUUGCAGGUAUCAAAGCUCCUGGUGCGCAUGCCAGCAGCCAGAACAGCGUCAAGAUUGAGCCCGAGGUGGGAACCAAGCAGGCGUAG